CGUUUUUUGACCAUGCUCAUCAGCCUCAUCCUUUGGUGUCAUUUUCUUUGAACAAGAGCUUUCCUAUAAACAACCCAACUCCCUUCCUUCUACCCACCGAUAUAAUAAUACUGCAAUUUGCCAAUUUUUAUUCCACCCGCAGAAAACCAUAGCUUCCCGCAUACCGCCAGACUCAACAAAUCUGUAAAUCUGGUCAGGUGCUUAUAUAUUUGGAGCAAAUGUGGACAUCAGAAUCUGUUGUGUCAUUCUUAACCAUGGAUUGUUUCCUUAUAUGUUGAGACUUAGUUUGGUACGUGGCAUUUCGACUCAGGGGCUAUUUUAGGAUAAUACGUAUACCGGGGAUUCUAUUUGAACAGGAGAUGUAUAUGUUUCAAGUACAUCUGGUAAUUAGGGUUCCCUUUCAGAACCUUUGGUUAAUCUGAUUUUUGGAUAGAUGAGAAGAGGACCUAAUUCAAUCUGACAUUUUUCUGUAAGUGCAUAUGUUAUGGUAUUUGCAAUGGGGUACCUGAACAUGGAGAAGAAAUGGGUGUUUCCUUUUGUUAUCAGUGCACUCGUGUCUGUAUUCCUUCUUGCCACAUGCUUCAAUAUGGGUCUUAUAUCUUCGAAUUCGACAUACAACGUUUCAAUAAACCAAACAAGCCCCGACUAUGCAGAAACAAAAGUUAAACAAUCUGUACCUCCAUCUGGUCCUUUCGUUCCACGCUUUGCUUAUCUGGUAUCAGGUUCGAAAGGCGAUUUAGAAAAGCUUUGGAGAACAUUGCGAGCAUUGUAUCAUCCACGUAAUUACUAUGUUGUCCAUCUCGACCGGGAGUCGUCUGUGGAGGAGAGAUUGGAGCUUGCCUACAGAGUAGAAACAGAACCCUUUUUUAUUCAAGCUGGGAAUGUCCACAUGAUUACCAGAGCUAAUAUGGUUACAUAUCGAGGGCCGACCAUGGUUGCUAAUACUCUUCAUGCAUGUGCCAUCCUCCUCAAGAAGCAUCAGGAUUGGGAUUGGUUUAUAAAUCUUAGUGCUUCAGAUUAUCCCCUCGUCACUCAAGACGAUCUUCUUUCCACUUUCUCCUCUCUCAAGCGAGAGUUAAAUUUCAUUGAGCACACAAGCCGGUUAGGCUGGAAAGAGGGGCAAAGAGCUAUGCCUUUGAUCGUAGACCCUGGGCUCUAUAAGGAUACCAAGUCUGACAUAUUUUGGGUCAAACCUGGGAGAGCUUUACCUACAUCCUUUAAACUAUUUACUGGUUCUGCAUGGAUGAUCCUCUCACGGGCAUUUGUUGAUUACUGUGUAGAGGGUUGGGAUAAUCUUCCUAGAACUCUACUUAUGUACUACACAAAUUUUGUCUCUUCUCCUGAAGGAUACUUCCAAACUGUUGUGUGCAAUGCCCCUGAGUUUAUACCAACUGUGGUCAACCAUGACAUGCAUUAUAUUUCCUGGGAUGUUCCUCCAAAACAGCAUCCUCACAUCCUUAACUUAAAUGAUACCCGGAAAAUGAUUAAAAGUGAUGCCCCCUUCGCACGCAAGUUCAACCAAGGUGAUCCUGUUUUAGAUAAGAUAGACAAGAAAUUGUUAGGCAGAAAUAGUGGCAAUUUUACCCCUGGUGGCUGGUGUGCUGGCAAUCCUCCUUGUUCUGAGCUUGGUGAUCCUGUCAAACUUAAACCAGGUCCAGGUGCCAAGAGGCUUCGCCGACUCAUAGGAAAAAUAGUUUUGUCUGAGAUAUUUAGUCAACAGCAAUGCAAGUAGAACUUUAAUAUAUCAUCUUCUUGCCAACGACUGGGAAGAGAACAGUUGGAUCACAAAGGUUCAAAGAGAAAAACUAAAAUAAAAUUGGAUAUACUGUAAGAUAUAAUGUAUUUUGCCAUCAAUUUUGUCUAUAUUUGGAAAAGAAAUGGUAUUUAUUCUUCUCUACCAAAUCCAUUUUUUCAUGCUAGUCCUAUAGGCUAUAUAGCCCAUGUGAGAUGUUAAAGGAUCUUCUCUGUGCUAAAGAUUGCUCUGAAGUUUAAGGGCAUAAACCUUGUCAAUUGCUAUCCAUGUAUAAAUUGUCAGUUUUGGUUCAA